UCUACUGACAGGCAAGCCAGCAGACCGACAAGAACUCAGGACAUAUUCUCAUAGCACUAACAGACGUUAACACUACCGGUGGGUCUUCUGAAGCCCACUUUCACUCUCCUGGGUGUGAUUGCUUCUGAAUGCAAUAUUGAACCUCCUCUACUGCUGGCAGUGAAGACCUGCAGAUGCACUCAACCACAGGCGUGCCUUUCAACCCUGCAUCUGUCUCAACAACAACAAAGCUGCACCCGCGGGAGGAGGAUACACAUGUUUUAUUGACAGACCUACAGGUGGUUUGAGUUUGAGUGUGAACUGCUGGUGGACUGGAAGGAUUUUUCCUUUGUGGUGAGCUGUGGCGUCUUUGGAGCCAGUAUGUUGCCUAUUGUUGUGGCAUGUUUGGUAUUCAUCCUGCUGGGCUUGGGGCAGGCUCAGGUUGCCACACAGACUCAGGGGCAGAGCCAGAGUCGAGGCCAGGAGCAGGACAGUUCUGCCACUCCAUGGAGGCAGGUGAUUCAGUGGGAAAACAAUGGCCAGGUGUUUAGCCUGCUGAACAGUGGAGCUGAAUACGUCCCCGCUGGGGCGGGGGCCCAGGACAGAAGUCCCAGGGUGGUUGUAGCAGACGCUCGUCCACGCUCUUCACGUAGACCUCAGGGAGGCAAUGUCCGCCGACAGGCUCCAUCAAGAGGAUCCUCUGAGACAGUCCGUGGGCAGGCAAGGCAUCCUUUUGGCUUUGGGCAAGUGCCUGAUAACUGGAGACAAACUGCAGGCAGCACAGGGGGAAGCCAGUUCCAGGGAUCCUCUAACACUCGCUUCAGGCCCUCCACAGGCUCUUCAUCUUCAUCAUCAUCGUUCUUUUCUUCAUCUUCUUAUGAUGUACCAUCCUACCCACAGAACCCAUUUCCACAACAGCCUCCUUUCCAACCAGUACCUUACGACUCUAGUUUUGUUGAGGGACCGGUCAGGAGCUACGAGCCACCAUUUCAACCUGUUGGCGGCGGAGGGUAUGGCGGUGGAAGUUAUGGUGCUGGGCGAGGGUAUACUGGAGGAGGGUACGGAGGGGGACUGGCCCCAGUGCUCCCAGGCUCUCCCACUGAUUUUACUGAUGAUAGCUACCGUUACUACCAGUCUUAUGGCUACGGGCCCAAUCCUGUGGUGCGUGCUGCCCAACCACCAUUUGCUGAUGGUCUGGACCGCAGAUACACCCACAGCCUAUACAAUGAGGACUCUGCUCCUGCUGUCUCUGCCCCCGAUGCCAACCAGGCCGGGGGCCAGGACAGGACAGGAGCAGCUGGUCAACCACCAGUCAGGAGCCCUCAGUAUGAGCAGUUUCCUCCGUUUGGAAGACCCCAGCCUCCUUUCCUGCAGCCCAAUCCUCCAGCCAGAAAUUCUCCAAACUCUGCCAUUGAAAACCCCAGUAUGAAUGUUGGGAGUGUGUACAGACCAGAACAGAGAGGUUUGCCUGACCUGGUUCCUGAUCCCAACUAUGUCCAGGCUUCCACAUACAUCCAGAGAGCCCACAUGUAUUCUCUCCGCUGUGCUGCUGAAGAAAAAUGUCUGUCAAGCACUGCCUAUGGCCCUGAGACCACCGACUAUGAUGUAAGGGUCCUGCUGCGAUUUCCACAGAGGGUGAAGAACAAGGGGACCGCCGACUUUAUGCCUAACAGGCCACGUCAUACCUGGGAGUGGCAUAGCUGUCAUCAGCACUACCACAGUAUGGAUGAGUUCAGCCAUUAUGAUUUACUGGAGGUCAACACUGGGCGUAAAGUGGCAGAGGGACACAAGGCUAGCUUCUGUCUGGAGGACACCACCUGUGACUUUGGUCACCUGAAGCGCUAUGCUUGCACAGCUCACACUCAGGGUCUGAGCCCAGGCUGCUACGACACAUACAAUGCUGAUAUAGACUGCCAGUGGAUCGAUAUCACAGACAUCCACCCUGGAAACUACAUCCUAAAGCUCCAGGUUAAUCCCAAAUUCUUGGUGCUGGAAUCCGACUUUACCAACAAUGUGGUCAGGUGUAAUAUACACUACACAGGACGGUUUGUUAAAACCACCAACUGCAAGAUAGCACAGUCUUGAUCAGGCACUGGAAUGCUGCCACGCUAGAGUGACCCUGAUUGCUAUUCCAUUGAAAUGUGAAUGGAAUCCAUUUGUUGUUGGUUCAUUGUUGCUGUUGUUUCUCAACUAUUUUGUGCUGUCUUGGUAUGCUGGGCCCAUGGCAAACAAGGGUUCCUCUGGCACUGAAAACAAUUUGGGGGUUUAAAGUAGACAUGCACACACACACAAACACACUGUUACAUUAUGUGUAUUGCAGGUUGGUACACAGUUCACAUCCCUGCAAUCUACACUAUAAAAUUGUCCUAUUAACUAUAUUUCUCUCAUUGCAACUCUGCCAGUCUGGUUUGGUUAAUGUUAGGACACAUCAUUGACUUUCAAAAGAGGUGUUUACUGUAUCUGCACACAAACAUUUAUGCACACCCCCGGCAGAGGGGCUCUGUUUGAAUUAUAACUGAAGUGUGAAACGAUGCUGGGAAUGAAAUGAGUGGAUCCAGACAAGUAAGGGUUCAGCUACAAUCCAAAAAAUAAAAUUAGGGGACAAAGUCUACCCAGGUGCAUCCAUCCAUGCAGUGUGGGGACAGACAUACAUGCCCAGUGAGUCAGAAGAACUAGUUUUUGUUUUGUUUUUCCCUUCACUGCCUCAGUGGGUCAGGCUGGGAUACUGUGAUUUUGGGGCACAUCCUGUUUAAUGUUGUGUUAACAGCAAGAGGAAGUCGGCAGGUCAUUAGUCAACUCCAUCAAAUUAUAAGUCAACAUAAAGACUGACUGUCAGUACCCUGCGCUACUCCUAGUACUCCUCUAAAUUCUUGCACAUUUGUGUCGUGUCCACAUUUGUCCUUAUCUUUAUUCAGUAAAACAGGGAGCUCAACUGGCAGAAAAGGGUGCUUUGCAAAAAACAAGACUCACAGUAUCUAAGCUGUAUGUUUACUGUCUUGGCGUCUCUUGGUCUGGUCAGAUGAAACAUAGGUCAUCUAUACCUUUUGAAGAGUGUAUAUACAAAUAUCCCACUGAUGCAUGACUUUAAUGAUGGAGAUUAUAUUGUUGUAACUGAUUGUACUUUGUUUAUUCAGUUUGGCUUGUUACUGUAAUUUGUGAAAUUCAGUGAACUUCUAUAAAUAGUUCAAAUGUGUUGUUGGAAAAAAACACUACUGCUACAGACUUAGUAUUACAAUGCAGAGCAUCAGAAAGCUGUCUCUACCUACCUCUCCAAUUGAUCGAGCUGUUGUUGGCUUUUUAUUAGAAAUCCCUGCAUGGUUCACUGUGGCCAGAAUACACAAUGUGGAAUACAAACAAUGACUUUUGAAAUUCCAAAAUACUUCAUAUAAUCAAGAUCAGUUUGGACUGGUAUGGCGACAUCUGUGGUUACUGGUGGUAACAGCAAGUGCAGUUUCAUACUACAUCAAACACUCCUUGAGCAGCAAGAUUGUUAGCAAAAAUACAGAAGACGAGCAACUGGUGUAUCUGUUUACAGUGCAACUUAACAAGCUGUGUUAGCAGAAUGGUUGUUAAUCAACAUCUCACUGUGACUGGGCCUUCUUGUUAAAUUUAAAAGUGAUCUGCAGUUGUUGCCUUGUUUUGUAAACCGAAUAUUGAUGAUCGAAUGUAGUUAAAGUUAACUGAACAAAAAUUUUGUGUUUGCUGUGACGGCUUUAUAAUAAAAGCCACCCCAUGUUUUUUUAAUAGAAUGGUUAUAAUUAGGGGUGUGACGAGAUCUUGUGAGAUUAAAUUGUGACGAGAAUUCUUGUCAGGUAAAAAGCUGUCUCGCGAGACUCAAGCAAAUGACAUUUUUCAAAUGCUGUCAGGCCACACAUUAAUUUUCUCACGCAGUGAAAUACAAAUGUAUAACUGAUAAGAUGCACGGAGAAAAUCAACUCUGCCCAGCUGAUGCCACACCGGCGUACGCCCUGAUAGUAAUCAACCACACUGCUCGCACUGUGAGUCCAGACAGCUGUGACAAGUGGUAACGUAGCUGCUAGAGUUUUGCAACAUAAACUUCUAAAAACUGAAGCGGAGCCUUGCUCUGUUCAGGACUGUGAGCUGCACUGGAAGUUAUCGCAUGGAUUUGCGGUGAGAUUUGUGCCUGAUCAAAAGUGUUUCAUUUAGUUUCAGUUUCACAUGCAAUCCCAAACUGCGUCGGACAAACGUAAUGCACAGCAGAGUAUCGGGCAGGUAGACUUCUCAUUAAAUGAUGACGUUAGUCUGGUAAUAUUCUGCGUUUUCUCUGGACAAGUCAGAGAACACAGAUUUGUGAGAGAAAUUCUGAAUGUGCAGAAAGGUUUGACCAUGAGCAGAAAAGCUGCUGAAACACAGGAGCUAUUAAAGUCCAGGAGUUUAUAACUAAAUCAAAUUGAAUAAUACAUCAUUAUGGUGAAAAGGUGCCACAGUCACAUUCAGAGGUUACUAGAGGAGGGAAUACUAAAUCAUGAAUCAGCAGGGGUGAUAUUAAAGUUGAUCUACAGGAGAAACAGAUCUGACAGCACCACAGAAUGACACAGAAGAGCUGCACUGACUUUUAUUAUUCUGUGAUAUUCUGUUAUAGUUAAUUUUGAAUUGUCACCUGCCUCCUGAAUUUUGUGUUUCUCUUUAUAUAUAUAAAACAAAAAAUCACCAUAAACUGGUGCAGAAAAAUUCAUCAAAAUGCAGGAAAUAAAGUGUUUAAAUUUUCAUAGAAUUCAACAUUCAGUGUUAAAAUCUUGUCUCUUCUCGAUCUUGUGGGCUAAGUGUCUCGUCACACCCCUAGUUAUAAUGCAGAAUAGGCCUAGUCUUCGGUCUUCUAGUCUACUCUAUUGCCCAUAGUACACAUGUCUUUCAUAUUUUACUGUAAGUUGCCAGUUGUUUUGAUCUGCAUUUAUUUACUUUGGUAGCUCAUGAUCAUACUGUACACUCACUGAAAAGAUGCAACAGCGUGUGACGCUGACAUUCAGUACAAGAGUAGGUGACAGUUAUACAGCAUCUUUGACAUGUGGUGAUGAAAUCUGUAUUUUUCUAACAGUGAAAACACUGUCAAAAAUGUCAUAUACAAUAAAUACAUUUACACGUC